AUGGCUCCUGAUGGGAACCAGAGUAGUGCCACAGAGUUCAUCCUGGCAGGGUUCCCAAAUCUCAACAGCACCGGAAUGGAACUGUUUUCUGUGUUCCUCCUUGUCUAUCUGCUGACUCUGACAGGCAAUGUGUUGAUUGUGGGUGUGGUAAGAGCUGAUACUCGUCUACAGACCCCCAUGUACUUCUUUCUGGGUAACCUGUCCUGCCUGGAGAUUCUGCUCACUUCUGUCAUCAUUCCUAAAAUGCUGAGCAAUUUCCUCUCAAGGCAGCACACUAUUUCCUUUGCUGCAUGUAUUGCCCAAUUCUAUUUCUACUUCUUUCUUGGGGCCUCUGAGUUCCUACUGUUGGCUGCCAUGUCUGUGGAUCGCUACCUGGCCAUCUGUCAUCCUCUGCGCUACCCCUUGCUCAUGAGUGGGGCUGUGUGCUUUCGCGUGGCUUUGGCCUGCUGGGUAGGGGGACUCUUCCCUGUGCUUGGUCCCACAGUGGCUGUGGCCUUGCUUCCUUUCUGUAAGCAGGGUGCUGUGGUGCAGCACUUCUUCUGUGAUAGUGGCCCACUGCUCCGCCUGGCAUGCACCAACACCAAGAAGCUGGAGGAGACUGACUUUGUCCUGGCCUCCCUUGUCAUUGUAUCCUCACUGAUGAUUACUGCUGCAUCCUACGGCCACAUAGUCCUGGCUGUCCUGCACAUCCCCUCCGCUUCAGGCCGUCAGAAGGCCUUCUCUACCUGUACCUCCCACUUGAUGGUGGUGACCCUCUUCUAUGGAAGUGCCAUUUUUCUCUAUGUGCGGCCAUCACAGAGUGGGUCAGUGGAUACUAACUGGGCAGUGACAGUGAUAACCACAUUUGUGACACCACUGCUGAAUCCAUUCAUCUAUGCCUUGCGUAACGAGCGAGUCAAGGAAGCUUUGAAGGACAUGUUUAGGAAAGUGGUAGGAGACUUUUUAGGGAAUCUUUUCCUUGAUAAGAGUCUCAAUAAGAACACAGUAAGAUGA